AUGCCAGGUGAAGACCAACAGCCGCGCCAGAGGAAAAAACCCAAGAAGUCCCGCUCAAAAGGGAAGGGGAAAGGCCAAAGUGGCAGCCCUUCUGCCCACCUGGGAGGCACUUCAGACGGGCAAGAUGAUCCCUUACCACCAGUCCUCCAACCUCCCCCUAAGAAGACCAAGGAGGAGAGGCCUAAAGUGGCCGUGGCCAAAGUGGAGGAGGAGUCCUCCAUAACAAUAUGUCUGCAGGUGCUGUUUCCUUACAUGCUGGCUGGGAUGGGCAUGGUGAUGGCUGGCAUGGUGCUGGACAGUGUACAGCACUGGGAGGUGUUCAAGGUGAUCACAGAGGUGUUCAUCUUGGUCCCAGCUCUGGUUGGACUGAAGGGAAACCUGGAGAUGACACUGGCCGCUCGCCUCUCCACUGCUGCCAACACGGGUCAGAUGGAUGACCCUAAGAAGCAAUGGACCAUGGUAUGCAGCAACCUGGCACUUAUACAGGUGCAGGCUACAGUAGUGGGCUUCCUGGCGGCGGUGGCAGCAGUGUGCUUGGGGGCCGUGUCCAGAGGAGGCGUGGAGCUGGACCAGGCUGCCGUCCUGUGUGCCAGCAGUAUCAUCACCGCCUUUGUAGCUGCUCUGUCCUUAGGCUUGGUGAUGAUUGGCGUGAUCAUCGGUUCUAGGAAAGUGGGGAUCAACCCAGACAAUGUGGCCACGCCGAUCGCAGCCAGUCUCGGCGACUUGAUCACCCUGUCCCUGCUGGCCGGCGUCAGCAGCACACUCUACGAAUACAUCGAUGUAUGGUACUUGUCCCCCUUGGUGUGUCUGGUCUUCCUGGCUCUGAUCCCACUGUGGGUGGUGGUGGCUCGCCAGAGCCCCCAGAUCAAAGAAGUCCUCCGCUCAGGAUGGCAACCCGUCAUAGUGGCCAUGUCCAUCAGCAGCUUUGGCGGCCUUAUACUGGACAAGACGGUGAGCGAUCCAAACUUUGAGGGCAUGGCCGUCUUCACUCCAGUCAUUAACGGUGUGGGCGGUAACCUGGUGGCCAUUCAGGCCAGCAGGAUUUCUACCUACCUCCACCUAUGGAGUGUGCCAGGCGUCCUACCCUAUAAGAUGAGGCAGCACUGGCCCAACCCCUGCAUCACCUUCUUUUCCUCAGGCGUGAAUUCCAAGUCGGCGCGGGUGUUGCUGCUGCUGGUGAUCCCUGGUCAUCUGGUGUUUCUCUACGUCAUCUCUCUCUUGCAGGGAGGGGAGGCACCGAUCACCAUAGCCUUCACCAUCUGCUACCUGUGUGCUGCUCUGCUGCAGGUCAGCAUUCUUCUGUACAUGGCCGACCUGAUUGUGCGUCUUAUGUGGAGGCGGAGUCUGGACCCAGACAACUUCUCCAUACCCUACUUGACCGCCCUGGGAGACCUGCUGGGCACCAGCUUCCUUGCACUCUGCUUCCGCUGCGUCUCGUUUGUCCAUGGCCUGGGCCUCUGAAGGUGCUCACCUCCAUCCAACUCCUAGCAACCACCGUCCCGUUUCCCCUGAGUUUGUUUGAUUUUACGCACCGAGAUGCUUUUGAUUAAACCUAAAAAGGCGUCUUGUUUAAACCUUGCAACUGGGCAGGCUUAUAUUUAGAGCCUGAGCCUGCCCGAGCCACAUGUUCAAAUCCACUUAACGGUGGACAGAUAGCACAGAUAAUGUAAUAGCACCCAGCCAUUUAGAGGUGAGAUUGGGACAUAUCUCCAAGUGGGCUGCACAACCACCGUCAUAGGUGCUCAGUUGAAAUGCCCAUUUCCUCUGUGUUGCUUGAAUACCAUGCAUGAAGGUUCUGAGAGAUAGUUCCUCUUCAGAACAUUCACAAUGAGCAUUGAUUUGCACAUUGUUUCUCUCGCUCUCCCUCUUUCGUAUCUUUCCCCCCCCUCUGUUUUACACCAGUUGUGUCACUGAUUGGGGCAACUGACCUUUAUGUUAUUUUUGUAUCUCGGUCUGUCAAGUUACUUCAUCGGAGCGAGUUACUUUACGUGGCAAGGCGGAAAGUUAAUGUGACCUGUUGAGCAACAUGCAAUCCAGUAGAAACUAUGUUCUUAAUGGCCGUUACUGUGAGACAUUUUAGACUAUUUGCCGAGAUUUGUCUGGGGUUUUGUAAAUACGGCCAGUGGACUUCUGCCCUCUGACAGCUGACAGUGUGGGGGUGAGUCUCUGAGCUCGGGAAGUGAGUACCGAAUUCAGAAUUAACUCGAUAGAUAACAUUUCCUUCGAUUCGGGACAUGUGUAACUGCGGAAAACAAAGAAAUGUUUCAUCGCUGUGACAGGAAGAACCUGUAAAUUUACUAGUUUUUUCUUUUUUUAAUAGUUAUCCUUACUGAAAUGGUAUAGAUAUUUUUUGCCCUUUAUUCACAUAAAAAUGUAUGACCCUUAGGACCAUCAAAUCCACUUAAAAGGUAUAUUUUAAUCUCAAAAUGGUUUUAGCACAUCGAUCAGGACAGUUUUGUCUUCAUGUUUUUUGUCAACAAAUGUGCGUCUUCAGAAUGUACAGGAUUCAUAGUGACUCACGAUGAUAGAAAUUGUCCACUCUAGAGGCUUUACAUACAAUGAGGAAACUGGCCACAUCUGGAGGCAUCUGGUAAAUGUCAGUCUGUAAAUUUGGUCCCCACCACAGUUACAACAUU